GCCUCACAAUUCCGUUCGCAAUUACUACUCACUCUACCUUCGCUUUAUAUCUUAACUUUACUCUCUUUCUUUGUUAUAGCCUUUCCUGUUUCUUUUUCAGUCAUGAUCUUUUAUGUUACGUUCAUUCAACAUUUUAACAACGAAUUGGGUUGGUGAGAAUAGAGUGAACACUGAACAAGAAAAAGCGCGUUUUUGAAUGGCUUCGCUUCUGAAAAAACUGCGUCCUGGGGUGCCUUCAGUUCAUGAUGAUGGCGGUGAUUACAGCUUUGAGUAUUCCUUUGCUGAGGAAUACAAAGGUCCUCCCGUUAGCUACUCUAUUCCAGAAGCACUUCCUUUUAGCCUUCACCAAAUCCCAGUUGCCCCUCUUGCUCCUUCUCCUCCUCAUCACUUCUCAGUCCCAGUUAUUCAACCCUUCAGAAAAACCAAUGUAGAAUCUGUUUCAACUGCAAGCUCAAGUUAUGCUUCUCAUGAUGAGAUAGUUUCAUGCGAAGAAGAGGAUCAUGAUGAUGAACCUUUUAGUCCAAGACAUGUGAAACGGCCUUCUGUUGUGACCUUUCGUGAUCCCAAGUCAAAUGAGAUUGUGCAUGAGGUAGAGUUUGUCGAUGUUGAUGUUGAUUCUCUUGGUGGAGAAAGGAGUACGAGUAAGAGUAGCAGUAGCAGUACCCUUGUGAGGCCUCGUGCUGUGAGGAAUGGGAAGAAAGGGUCGUGCUAUCGAUGCCUUAAAGGGAAUCGUUUUACUGAGAGGGAGGUUUGCAUUGUUUGCAGUGCCAAGUAUUGCAGAAACUGUGUGCUUAGAGCAAUGGGGUCCAUGCCUCAAGGUAGAAAGUGUGUUACUUGCAUUGGUUAUAGAAUUGAUGAGAGCAAGAGGGGAAAGCUUGGGAAAUUUUCUAGGAUGCUAAAACGCUUGUUGUCUGAGUUGGAAGUGAAACAAAUCAUGAAAGAUGAAAUGUUUUGUGAGGCAAAUCAAAUACCAGCAGAACAUGUUAGAGUGAAUGGAGAACCUCUUGAUUGGGAUCAGCUCAUGUUGCUCCUCACCUGUUCAAACCCACCAAAAGGAUUGAAACCUGGUUUCUUCUGGUAUGAUAAAGCAUCUGGAUUUUGGGGAAAGGAAGGUCAACGGCCGUGUCAAAUUAUCAGCCCCCAGUUGGAGAUUGGGGGUCACUUGCAGAGAAAUGCAAGUGGUGGAAAGACAAAUGUAACUAUAAAUGGUCGAGCUAUUACUAAAGAAGAGCUUUUGAUUCUCAAGUGGGCAGGAGUGCCAUGUGAAGGAACAAUUGAUUUUUGGGUAACUUCUGAUGGAUCAUACAUGGAAGAGGGACAGAGGAAUGUCAAGGGGCGUAUAUGGGAUAAGUCUCUAGUGAAGCUAGCUUCUAUACUUCUGUCACUGCCAGUUCCUUCUAGCACUGACAUUGCUGCUGGAGAAGGACAAAAUAGAGUUAACCAUUACAACCUUCAACACAAAACGCUUCAUAAAUUUCUACUUGUUGGGUCUGUCAAGUCUGGAACAUGUACCAUAUUUAAACAGGCCAAGCUUCUAUAUAAUGUUCCUUUCUCAGAAAAUGAGCGUCAAAACAUCAAGUUGGUAAUUCAAAGCAACUUGUAUAAGUACCUUGGUAUACUGCUGGAGGCACGAGAAAUAUUUGAAGAGAGUUUGUGUCAGAACAAGAACCGAUAUCAUGUUGAUGAAUCAACUUCAUCAGCGAUUACUGAAGAGAUUAUGGACCCAACAAUCUAUUCCAUUGGCCCAAGACUGAAAGCUUUCUCAGAAUGGCUACUCAAAUACAUGGUGUCAGGUAACUUGGAUGCAAUAUUUCCAGCUGCUACUCGUGAAUAUGCACCAUUGGUUGAGGAACUGUGGAGGGAUUCAGCCAUUCAGGCCACAUAUAACAGGAGAAAUGAAAUAAGAUUGCUACCUAAAAGUGCCAGUUAUUUUUUAGAGAGGGCUGUUGAAAUUUCCAGGAUAGACUACGAACCAUUGGACAUGGACAUCUUGUAUGCUGAGGGGUUGACCUUAUCCAAUGGCCUUACUUCAAUGGAAUUUUCAUAUCCUGUGUCAGGUCAAGAGGACUCUUUGGACCCUGAGUAUCAACAUGAUCCUUCUCUCAGGUACCAACUCAUCAGAGUACAUCCAAAAAGCCUUGGAAUGAAGUGCAAGUGGUUGGACAUGUUUGAAGACACCGAUGUGGUCUUAUUUUCUGUUGCCUUAACUGACUAUGAUGAGUACACAAUAGACAAUAAUGGAGUUGCUACCAACAAAAUUUUAGUAGCCAAGCAUCUCUUUGAAAACAUCAUCACUCAUAGAAUCUUCAACAACAAGAAAUUCCUGUUAAUAUUAACCAAGUUUGAUCUACUUGAGAAAAAGAUUGAACGGGUACCUCUAACAAAAUGUGAAUGGUUUAGUGACUUCCAUCCAGUUAUUAGCCACAAUCACAAAAAGGCUAGUAUUGGUAAACAUAGCAAUCACCCUCCAUUAGCUCAACGUGCUUUUCAAUACAUUGCUAUGAAGUUUAAGAGAUUAUUCAAUUCUUUUACUGGCCAAAAACUGUUUGUUUCAAUGGUUUCUGGGUUGGAACCUGGUAGUGUUGAUGAAGCUCUCAGAUAUGCUAGAGAGGUUAUGGCUUGGGAAAAAUGGGAUCCAUUCUUGAGAAAUGAGAAGUCUGAGAUAACAUCCACAACCAUUGAGGCAAGUUCUGAUGAAAAAUAUACUCACUCUCCACCCUCCUAGAAAAUUCUAUAGAUUUUUUGUCUCCCACUAUUUGUAAUCAAGCAAAACUUGUGUAAUAUUGAAGGAAAUGGUGAAACCUUAAUCUUGAUUAUGC